AUGUUUCAAAGGUGUAUUGAUAUUAAAGAGCCUUUAAUAUCUACAUUAGCGAUUAUUGGUAACGUUCAAAAUUUAUCACCUGAUGAUUUUGAUAUAAUGGAACAUUAUUGCAGUAUUUUUAAGCCCUUUAAAGAAAUGACGGCAGAGCUAAAUUCUGAAAAAGGAGUAUCGAUUUCGAAAACCCAAGAUUCAAAAAAGAGAGGUUUUAGUAAAACAACAUCAUAUCAACGCGCAUAUCAGACAAUUAUUCAAAGUAUUUCAACAAUCAUUCAGUCAAAAAAAAAUAAUGUAUCAGAAGACGAAGUAAAUGACAUUCAAGAAAAUACAAACGAAAACGAACAGUUUGACAUCUGGAAAGACUUCGAUUUACAGACCCCAGCAACUACAAUUACCACUCCAAGAUCCGAAGCAAUUGUUGAAUUGGACAAAUAUUUAAAUGAGCCAUUGCUGGAUAGGAAAUCGGAUCCAUUAAUGUGGUGGAAAGAAAUGAAAAGGAUGUAUCCCAAUUUAUUCCAGCUUGCGUUGUUGAGAUUGUGUGUACCCUCAACUUCAGUACCAUGUGAGCGUAUUUUUUCUAAAGCUGGGUACACUAUAACAGAUCGACGUAAUAGAUUGUCAAUGAAAAAUGCAGAAACGUUAUUGUUUUUAAAUAGUUAUGUUUAA